AUGGCCAUUGAUGGUGGUAACUUAGUUUAUUUUUUACUCCUGGUUAGUAUUUGUAAUUGGAGUCUUGUGAAUGCGGAUAACGACAAUUCCACUGGUCAACCCUUUCACUUAAUAUUGGCUAUUAAAUCCAAUGAUCCUAUUCCUACUGUGGGUUCAAAGUUAACAUUGAUUUAUAACUUAACCAAUAAAUUUAUAAACCCAACGAGUACAAGUAAUGUCACGCUUUAUGGUUCUAUCAGUGGUAUGCAAAAUCGCUUGCCCAGCUCUUAUUCUUAUGCUGAAUCUCCUACUGACAACUAUACAACAUUAGCAUCACAAACUUUUUACGACGGAGCUGUUGUUGAAUUUUUAAACGCUAAAUUCGAUAUUCAAUUUGAAGCAGAUUUCACCGUGGAUAAUAAUGUCAAACAACGACGAUAUAUUUAUUUUACAGUCUCAGCUAAUUACACUGACGACGACGGUAAUAUGAAAACAAUAUCAAAUACUACCAGUAUUAGAAUGGCUGGAAUUACAAUUCAAAACCCAAUAACUUAUCCAACUUUAAACUGGCCUGCUACCCUUCUAAAUAACCUGACUGAAGGCGAAACCCUUAAAGUUGUCGUACCAAUUCAAUUACCUAGAGGCAGAAAUCACAUUAUCUUCAAUAUUGACGCUAUUGGUAUCAAUCCAAACAAUGUACCUGCUCUUUCGUUAACUCAAUUUUAUGCUCCGCCAAAACCCUCCGUCACCUAUCAUCUAUCAUCCAACGUCAAUAAACAAUCACUUACAUUAACUGGCCUCAGUAAUUCACUCGAUUAUUCUACCUCUACAACUUCAUUUUUUAUCAAUAUGGGAGACGUAGAAUUUUCACCAAAUGCCAAUUCUACCAUGACUACCGUCGAUCUCGAGUUUCUUUUUCUACAUACUUCACCGUAUAAUGCCAUUCCAGUACCCAGAGAACGCUGCAAUCUCUGGUUUCGCCCAACUUAUAAUAACAUAGAUAGAGCAACUUUUGAUCAAUCAAUAAUCCUAGAUUUAGUCCGACCAAUUUUAAAAGUCUGGAAGGAGGCUAAGGCGGAAGAAACCAAUUUGCAAGCUUCUGUCAAUUUCAAAAUUAUUGUUUCGCAUAAAAUUUCAUCAACAGCUUUGGCAUAUAAUGUGACGAUAUUUGAUACACUGGAUACAUCGGUUAGUCCAGGAUUUAUUCCUCAGAUACCGACUACAUACUUUUCAGUUAUUCAGCGUGGACGAUUCUUAAUAACUAACAUUUCUAUACCAGUUUUGAAUUUUGGAAUGAAUUAUACCGUCUCUUAUCGAGCUUUAAUUCAGUCUACACCUCAGUCUGCACCAACUAAUUUUACAUCUGACACAAAAGUCGAAUUUAACACUUUACCAAGUUCCAUCCCAAUACCUUAUUCAUCAACGACAUCGAAUCAUAACAGUGCUUCUACAUCGGCAAAUACUGCGAAAAACCGCGGUUGCAUAUCCCUUGACUAUUAUACCCGAACGAUCUAUAAUAAUACACAAUCAAUCCUAGCAGGAGUUUUUGGUGUUAUUGGCGGUAUCUUUAUCGUCGUUUUUAUGGGUUUCGGAUAUGUCUAUACAGAUCACAAAAAUUACGAUAAUAUUAUUAUUCGGAAAAAAAAUCGAGUCUCGCCAACCACCUCAUCUUUUGCACACGACAAUUAUCACGAUACAACUAGUGGCGGCGGUGUGCGUAAUUUAAUGCCAACGAUAUUCAAUCGCAGCCCCAUUAGACCUCAAGAUUCUGCUAAGCCAGUUCCAACACUAUAUCAAAUGAAAAGGCAAGCUUCAUUAGUAGUCUGUUUUAAGAAAUAA